AUGGAAUGCGAAUAUGUUGCAUGGAAGCUGCGUGUUGGGUUACAGUUUAACACUCUUGAAGAAGCAUGGAAAUAUUGGAUAACAGGAUUUGGUGUGAGGAAACAAUAUUAUAAUAGGCGAAAGGUUGAUGGUGUAAUUUCAUCUUGUCGGUACGUUUGUUGUAAAGAGGGACAUCGAAAGGAUGAUAAAAGAAAUCUAACAGUUACAAAGCACAGGGCAGAAACUAGAACUGAUUGUCUUGUAAGAAUAACAUUGCUUUUGGGAUGCAACAACAAAUAUGUUGUACAUGAGUUUGUUGAAGAGCAUAAUCAUCCAUUACAACUUCCAGAAACAACACACAUGCUUGCUUCGCAUCGUAAGAUAACUGAAGUCCAAGCUCAUCAAAUUGAUUUGGCCGAGUCCUCAGGAUUGCGACAGAAAUCAUCAUUUCAGCUAAUGAGCACACUUGCAGGACAUCGAGCUAAUGUUGGGUAUACUCCUCUAGAUGCAAAAAAUUAUUUGAAGAGUAAGAGACAAUGGGGAAUGUUAUAUGGAGAAGUCGGUUACUUAAUGGAAUACUUUCAACGACAGUUAAUCGAGAACCCAUCAUUUUUUCAUGCAUACCAAAUGGAUGUUGAGGAACAAAUCACAAAUGUUUUUUGGGCAGAUGCGAAGAUGGUCAUUGAUUACGGGUGUUUUGGUGAAGUCAUAUCAUUAGACACUACAUAUUGCACCAAUCGAGCUAAUAGACCUCUAACAGCCGAAUCAUUUAAGUGGUUGUUUGAGACCUUCUUGGAAGCACACAAUCAAAAACAACCUCAAACAAUUUUUACAGACCAAGAUCAAGCAAUGGCCAAGGCAAUUGUUCAAGUAAUGCCUCACACACAUCAUGCUUUAUGCACAUGGCAUUUAAUGCAAAAUGGCAUAAAACACCUUGGCAAUUUGAUGAGAGGAGAAACUCAUUUUCUAAGAGAUUUGAAAAAAUGCAUGUAUGACUAUGAUUCUUCAAUUGAGUUUGAGGGGGCUUGGAGAAGGUUCAUAACAGAAUACAAUGAGAAAUGGGCAUCAUGUUAUCUUAAGGAUGUGUUCACCCUUGGAAUGCGAAGUACUCAAUUAAGUGAAAGUUUAAACUCUGAUUUUAAGGCAUGUAUGAAAUCUGGUGUUGACAUAAAACAAUUCUUUGCUCACUUUGAACGAGUUGUUGAAGAUAAGCGUUACAAUGAGUUGAAGCAUGAGUAUGACUCCCGCCACAAGCUAGCUAUAUUGCAGUAUGAGUUUGCUCAAUUCUUAGCUUGUAACAUAUCCCAAAGGUUUGAAACUCCUCCUAUAAUUGAAUAUGUGAUUACUAAAGUCCAUCAACAAAGAUCAUGGACGGUUACAUUUGAACCUUCCUCAAGCACUAUAUAUUGCUCUUGUAAGAAGUUUGAAACAUUUGGCAUACUUUGCUGUCAUGCAUCGAAAGUGUUUGAAGCCAAUGAUGUGAAGGUUAUCCCUGAUAAAUACAUACUUAAGAGAUGGACAACACAAGGUCGUAGUGAGAUUAUUCACAAUGUCAAAGGAAAAGAGGUAAAAGGAGAUCCUAAACUUAGUACCACACGCCGAUACCGUAAUCUAGCAUGUAAAAUAAUUAGGUUGGCAUCCGACGUUUCUAGUUCAGAAGAAUAUUAUCAGCUAGUUGAUGAUAGUAUUAACAACUUAAUCAGCAAAAUUACAAAACUUCAAUUGCAAACAAACAGUCUAAUGGAUAAAGAUAAAGAUGAUGCAGAAUUUAUGGCCAAUAAUGAUGGUACACAACCUAAGGGAUUCAAGCGACGACCAAGCAGUAAGAGGAAAGGGAGUAAACGUUUCAAAAGUUGGGUUGAGCUACAAGCAAAGAGAAAGAAGAGUAGAACUCCAAUUUUAGAUCAAUCAACGUCUCAGGAAUAUCAACCAGUGGUUUAUGAUCCAGUUGAAGAACAACUUCAUGAUACCAAUGAUUCAAUUCUGGAUGAUAUUUGA